GCGCCCUCUCCCUCACGCAAACGACACAAACACCUCGCCCUUGCUCUCAUGAUGUCGUGAGAGGAAACUCAGUGAAAAGUUCGGGAAAACUUCGGAAAAGUGUUUCUGUGGCGCCGCUUUUGCCAUGCAUCAUGGCAAUGCUAGUUCAAAACAUAAACGGACACAUCCAGAACCAGUUAACUCGCUCGCUCGAGAAAAUCCUCGACGAUGCGAACCAAAGUGGUGAACUGAAACUGAGCAACCGAAAACUCAAAGAUUUCCCGAAAACCAGCGAAAAGUACAACUUGCGUGAUACAGUAAUAGCAGACUUGUCGAAGAAUCGCUUCAGCGAGCUUCCCGAAGAAGUAACGACGUUCCAUUUUUUAGAAAGACUUCAUUGUUAUCACAACGCCAUCCGGUACAUCCCUGAUAGUAUAGUGAAUCUGCAAUGUCUGAUAUACGUGGACUUGAGCCGGAAUCAAUUGAACGCACUUCCACGAGAGCUGUGCCAACUUCCGAUUAAAAUCCUCUUAGUCUCCAACAACAACCUGACCCAGUUACCCGACGAACUGAACCGCAUGUCCCAGCUGACCGAACUGGACGCCUCGUGCAACCAACUCACCCAUCUACCACCCCGGAUGGGUGACCUCCGCUCGCUCCAAUCGCUAGUCCUGCGAAACAACCUCCUACUGGCCGUACCCAUCGAAGUGACCUUCUUGAAGCUGGCGAGGCUGGACCUCCGCGCGAACAGGAUCGGGACGCUGCCCAUCGAAAUCCGGGACAUGGGCACCCUGAUCGACCUGCUGGUGGAGGACAACCCGCUGACCAGCCCCCCGGCGAGUUUGUGCAGGAGGGGGCGGGUGCACAUCUUCAAGUACUUGGACAACGAGGCGGUGCGGCUGGACCGGAAGACGGGCGGCGGCGGCGGCACGCUGGGGAGGAGGUCGAGGAAAAGCGGCACGGGGUCGUCUCCUGGGCCGCCUCUUUUGGUCGACAGGUUGAAGCACAAGCGACAGAACGUGGAUAGCGGGUAUAGUACGAGUAGCGACGGGUUCGAGAAGCGGUGGAGUCAGGAUCUGGAGGAGAAGAGUUGGACGUCGACGCCGCUGUUGACGCGGACGGAGACGAACGGGACGCAGUCGAUUCUGUCGACGCCGUCGACGGCGUCGCCGGCGCCGGAAAUCUGCAACGAGGAGGAGUUGGAAGGCGGUGCCAAGGAGAGUUAUAGGCUGAGUCCGUGCACGGACGGAUACGGGAACUAUAACGGAAACAACGAAGCUGAGGAGAAGACGACGAAGCCUCUGCACCAAAUACAAACGUACAAGGAAUACAAAGACGCCUUGAAACAACAACGGGCCCACGACGUACCUGCCAUAUACCGAACGAAGAACCCCGACGACCAAACGACGUACAAAACCGAGCCGAACACGCCGACCCACCACGCGUCGACGACGUCGCACAGCUCCCUCGCCACCUCCAAGUCCGACCCGACGCCGCUGAAUUCGGCGCUGAGCGGCGCCAAGUACGUCUUCGACGACACGAAGAAGGCGUCACCCACGUCCUCCCCGUACAAGUCCCCGACGAACUACUCGCCGCAGCACAACGGCAACACCGAAACCAACAAGAACAAGUACAUCCAGGACUACGUUAAACCGAAGUCGCCGGUUAAGGGAAAAACGGGGAUUUUGUCGCACGACAACGUCCCGCCGUGCAAUAACGCGAACGUUAAUAACGUCAACGGGAUGGCGGGGAGGAGGGUGUAUAUGAACGGGGCGAACGACAACAAGGGGAUGAACGGGGUUAAAGGGAAUAGGACGAUUAGCUGGAACAAGGACGUGCCGGUGGAGAAGAUGUCGUUCACGAUGAGGAGAGAGAUCGACAAGGCGCGGGAGGAAACGGAUUUGAUCAACCAGCUGAGAAACAUUAUCGAGAGCAGGUUGAAGAUGACGUUACCGGAGGACCUGGCGCCGGCGCUGACGGACGGCGUGGUGCUGUGCCACCUGGCCAAUCAUAUCAAGCCUAGGUCGGUGGCGAGCAUUCACGUGCCUUCGCCCGCUGUGCCAAAACUGACCAUGGCACGCUGCCGCCGCAACGUGGACAACUUCAUCGAAGCCUGUCGGAAGAUCGGCGUCGACGAGAACCUCCUCUGCUGCGCCGCCGACGUCCUGGAAGGAAGAGGCCUAGUUCAAAUUGCAAUAACCGUGACCGAAUUACUAAGAUUUCAUUGUCCCAAAUCCCCCCUGCACUCCAUUUCCACUGUAAUUUAAGCGCAUUUUGCAAUAUUUUGCUCGCAUAUUUACUCGAAUUAUUUUUUUACUUUUAUUUUUCUUAUUCUCUCUACUCUAGCGCGUAUUUACACAUUUCGUACUUAACUUAGUUAAGAUUAGCCACGUAAGCGGCGGCCGUUUAGUCCGCGGCCGCCACCUAGUAUCCACGAUCAAAUUCUAAAGAGUUGGAGGUUGACGUUGAUCUCAGAAUCGGUUUUCCAAAGAGAGCGGCCUUCGACGGUUUUCGCCUUUUUCCGUUGCUCAAUCGCUUGUGUUUUUUUGCUACGUUAGAUGACAAUAAGUUAAUCAAAAUCUCGUCUGGUCCUGGUGUUGCGAAUCAAAACGGCCGAAACGCGUCGCGGGAUUGUUGUGAUUUGACCAUUCCAUAGAAAUUGCCUAGAACCGAAAUUCGUGCCGAUAGGGCACGGUUGUAAUCAAAAUGGCGCUGGUACCAGACUGCUAGGUUAAUAUUUGUGCCAAAGAUUUUUGGGGAGACAGUUUAAUAGUCAAUUUAUGAAAUUCUUGCUGUCAUUGUGAGAAACGUUGUCGUUUUUUCGGUGUUCUUUUCGAGUUCGGUGAAGUAUGAACCGGGAUACUGCCGGGCGAAGAGCCUAUAUGUAUAUAUGCAAGUAAGGAUGUAUUCAUAUAUUUAUAGGGUAAAUUAUUAUCUAGGUUGUAAGUAAUUCGGUAAGAAUCAGGCAAUAUAAGACGAACUGUGCGAAAGACUGGGUACUUAUCGAAGAAAUGACAUUGCGUUUUUAGAAAUUUAAACUCAUAUUUAAGGCGCACAGUUUAUUGAAUUGUGUAUCUAGUCAGUCAAUAAAAAUAUUUUUUACUUCUUA